CGAGCCCAUGAGAUGAGACCGUUAACCCACGGAUAGUGGAUGCGCGCGCAGAGAAUCUGUAGUCACUUACACCUCACUGGCUCACGCUCACCAGCCGUGUUAUUAUAGCGGGGCAUCUGACUGACUAGCCGACAGAGAGGCGCGAGGUGAACCUGCAGGAGCUGCUCGCCACGGGGGACCAUGGUCAUCAUGAAUCGCUCGCCGGAUAGCAGGACUUGAGACCUGCGGUUUAUCUGCAAUCACCGAGAUUGUCCCUCAUAGUAAACCUAGAAUUUCCUCCACUUCCAUCAUCUGGAAUUGCUUUAACACUAGAACUAAUCAUGCUGUGGAAAACGGGACUGAUAAUUCUGUGCUGGGGCUUGACGUCCGGGGAACUCCAGGACGGGCAGCCCAGCACUCCUGCUGCUCCAGCGCGGAGAACUUUGGAUUUCGGCUUCGUCCCCUCCGGAGUUUACGAUACCGUCGCCUAUUACGAGCCUGGGGCCAUUGGGAUUUUAUUUAACAUGAUGCACGCUUUCCUCUUUGUGGUUCAGCCUAACCCGUUUCCUGAAGAUCUCGUCAUUAGAGUGGCAAAGGAUAAAUUCGGAGCCAUACAAUCCGAGUACCAGAAGCCAGAAAACAUUGUUCUGACGCUACAGGUGAUUUAUUAUGAGAUUGGAUUUGUGGUGUGUGCGGCACUGGGCCUGCUGUUCACCGUGCUGCUGCCGCUGGUGGGGCUUCUCUUUUGUUUGUGCCGCUGCUGUGAUAACUGUGGAGGAGAGAUGCACCAGAGACAGAGGAAGAACGCAGACUGCCUUAGAGGACUGCUGACCACACUGUUACUCACAACCACCUUCAUUAUCACGGCAGGGGUACUUUGUGCAUAUGCAGCCAAUCAGAACCUGAGUUCUCAGCUGAAGAGCAUGAGGAGGCUGGUGAAGAGUAACCUAAGAGACCUGCACACCUUCGCCAACCAGACCCCUGCACAAAUUGAUUACCUGAUCUCUCAGUAUGGCACCGUGAAGCAGCAUGUGCUGUAUGACCUGGAGAAUGUAGGUCUGCUCUUGGGUGGAAGGAUACAUGAGGAGUUGGGAAAAGAUGUGCAGCCUGCCCUCAACACGGCUCUCAGCAUGACUGGAACAAUGCGAGACACUAAGGAUGCUCUGGAGAACGUGAGUUUGACCUUGGAGACUUUGCAGGAAGGAACAGCCAAACUGCAGGCUAACCUCAGCCUGGUGCGCAACAGCCUUAGCAACGUCCUUAACGAUCCUCUCUACAAAGAUGUAUGCCCGUCUGAGAUUUGUCGCAACAUACUUAGCACCCUUCCCAAGCUAGAAAUUGCAGCCAACUACUCAUCGUUGGCUGAUGUGACCGAACAGUUAGACAAAGUGAAUGAAGUUCUGAAGACGGAUCUCAGCCAGAUUGUGGAAAAGGGGUUUACAUCAUUCAAUGACACUCCCACCAUGGUAACAGAUCAAACCCGAAAUAUCGUUGAAGGGGUGAAGGUUCUGCUGGAGGACAUUGGGUCUAACAUCACCACUUUCACCAGACUCUUCCCGGUUCACAGCUCUCUGACCAACUUCACCAAAAUGAUUACUCACACACACUCACAGAUCGAGGACAUCUACCCCCAGAUCGAUCAGAUGGAUUUCUACAGGUGGAUCUGUUGUAUUACCCUGUGCUGUAUGGUUGUGCUUAUCCUCGCCUUCAAUUUUCUGGGUUUGCUGUGUGGUAUUCUGGGAUACGACAGGCAUGCUUCUCCAACCACACGCGGUUGUGUCUCUAACACAGGAGGCAACCUGCUCAUGGCUGGUGUGGGCUUCAGCUUCAUGUUCUCUUGGGUGCUCAUGGGAGUGAUAACAGCUCUGUUCUUGGUGGGGGGGAAUCUAGAGAAGCUUGUGUGUGAACCCUUCCAAACCCGACAGCUGUUCAAGGUGUUAGAUACGCCCAACCUGGUCAACUCUGCUUGGAGAAACUUCAUACCAGGAUACCUGUACAAUGACCCUGAGAUGGACCUUACUGCAUAUUCUAUCUACAGUAAUUGUAAGGACAACAGAGGAAUUUAUUCAGCUCUUCAUCUGGAUAAGAUCUUCAACAUCUCAUCCUUCUUUAACAACAGUGUUUACUCCAAGGAUGUGUCGAAGAAGUUUGAAGGGAUGAAGGUGGACCUGCGUGGCAUCAUUCUUCUGGAGUCUGAAGGCAAACAGAAUCUCAUCAGCUUUACUGAAACUGGCAUUAAUGAGAUUGACUUUGCUGCCUAUUUGGAGGAGGUUAAUAAAGGAGUGACUCGCAUUAAUCUAGUUGAUUUCGCCAAUCAACUUGAUGCUCAAGCUGAUCAGCUGUCUAAAGGGACCUUGCAGACUUCAUUAAAGGGACACGCUAAUACUAUAAGGCAGAUCCACAUCCAACAAGUCAUCCCGCUGGAGCAGUCCAUGAAAUAUGUGAAAGCAAGGAGCACACUUAAUCAGAGCAUCAGACUUCUGGAGAGGACAUCCUCAGACCUGCCUCUCCGAGUUAGAGAUGUACUAGAAGCCGUUGAUGCCGCCCAGUUCCUAAUUUCCCACAAUGCAUCAUUUGUGAUAAAUCAGGAAACCGAAAAAUACAAGCAGACUAUCAUUGGCUAUUUCAAGCAGUAUAUGGACUGGAUCAGAACGUCUCUGGCCUUGGAGGUCGCUACCUGUAAACCAUUCAGCAACAUUGUGGACACCGCCGAGAUCCUGGGCUGCAGUUUCCUACUGGAUUCAAUGAACACGUUCUGGUUUGGACUGGGCUGCUCCACGCUGUUUCUGCUCCCUAGCAUUAUCUUGUCCGUCAAGCUUGCCAAGUUCUACCGCAGAAUGGACACAGAGGAUGUCUAUGAUGACAUUGAAACAAUUCCCAUGAAAACUAUGGAAAUUGGUAAUAAUGGUUAUUAUAAUGAACAUUUAGAAGGUAUCCAAAACCCUGUAAUGGCAAGCAUCCCAACCUAUGACACUAUGACUCGAUUCCCGCGGGCCUCUGCGCCCCCACGCCAUGCCGACUGGUGACUCUGAGGAAGACGCUUUGUUUUUUAACAACAGAAAGGGUCCAUCACUAACCACUGGCCCGUAUCAUUGUGAUCCACCAAUGUUUGACUUCAAACAUUCCUGACAGCUCUGCAAACAGAUAGAUGCCAGCGCUCACUGUGUGUUUUGUUUCUUUACUUUGGUCUAAAAUCUCAUCUCCCCUCUCACGUCUCAUCUCCACCAGUUCAUUCGUAUCACUCUUUGCCAUUUAUCAUGCAUUUGAAACUACACAGCAGGUGUAAUUCUGCAAUAUUUGUUUCUUUACUCUCACAGUGAUAUUGGAAACUGGAAUUGAACCUUUGUGGAAUACUCUCUCUGUGAACAGCAGGCUCAGCUCAGACGACAUUAAGAAAAGGAAACUCAUAUACUUGAAGCUGGGACCUGUUGUCCAUGUUCCCAUGAUAUCAACCAAGAUGACUUUUUCAUCAAAAUGUCCUUACUAUUGUUGUUGUUUUGACUAUUUUGCACCCUUAUGAUUAAAGUAGUCUUAUGGACUGUCCCCUAAAUGAGCUAUUCUCUGAUGUCACAUCCUGUCAGUUAGAGAGACUUCAAAGUAUAUGGCUGUUUUAACUACUACAUGUGUCUUUGUUUACAGUCAUUGAGAAAUCACAUGUGACGGACAUAACUGUUUUUUGUUUUUCUUGUGUUUCUUUUUGCUUUUUAUAGUGCUUUUUAACAUUGUGGAGAAUUCAACAUAUUGAAGUCGAGUCCACUGAGAGGCUGAAGGGAUUUUUGUUGAAACAGAGCAAGCCAGCCACCCAUGAGCCACAAAUAUUACACAAACAAAGAUGUUUAGGUGUUUGAAAGAAUGCUAAGUGCUAACUAGUGUUAAUAUGGUACAGAUAGAUGUUGUCAAGCCAUUUCAAGGGUGAAUGCAUUGUUGCCUUUUCAGAUUUUUAGCUCGUGGUACACGUAAGCCAUGCCACAAGUCGCAAGAGCAGGUCUGAUUAGUUUUAUGUAGUUUGUUGUGACUGAGAACGCUAAACCACAUUUGAUACUGUUCUCUCGUUAAUAAACAGUUUAAGAUGUCUAUGUGUGUUUAUGCUCACUUUUGUCCUUAGAAAGUUUAAGAUAUGAUGCAUUUGGUUUUAUUAACAACACUAAAAGAUCUUGAUAGCUUUAUGUACUUUAAUUUCUCAGUUAUUAAUGAUAUUCUGGUUCCUAAUUUUGUUGACUGUACUAACCGUUGUUCUCCAACACAUUGUUGGAUUACUGUAAACUACUGAUUAUUGCUUUUGACACCAAAUCUUCUUUCAUUGUAGGUCUCAGGUCUUAGGGCUUUUUGUUUACUUGAUAUAACAAUAUUUGUGGAUAUUCAUCUGUUGAUUAUAUGAACUUGUUGGCUUUAAAGCAAGUGAAUGUACAUUUGCUUGUACGAGAGCAAGGGAAGACCACAGAGCCCCUUUACAUCGACAUUUACGGAGCCUAUUUAACGCUGUCAUAGUCAUUGACAAUUAUACCACCAAAUAUUUCAGCUGUUUAAUGUUAGAGACGUUAUGUCAGGUGCUACAUAUUUUUGCUCAGAUCCUUCACACAUUGUGUAUAUGACAGUGUUAUCAGGGCCUCAGGUAAAAUGUUGUACUUGAUUUAUACCCAGAAAGGUCCCUUCACCUCACAGUCUCACUUGUUUUGCCAUACCACACGUAGCAUGCGCAUACUUGGUGUUCAUGCUUGCUUGAAGAUGUUUAGUUGUGGUGGGCCUGGUUGUCAGUGCCGUUGGUUUUCAAGUCCAUGUGGUUAGGCUGGCUAAAACUGUACAAUAUUGUGAAUAAAAUUUCAGAUGAAAAUAA